UUGCACACGACCCGUAAAUUCAGUCGAUCCAUAUUAUUUAAGUGCUAAAUUAUUUUCCCCAGACAGUAGCGGUUGAGCUCAUCAUCAAUCUGCUCUGAAAGUUAUUUGGAGAAGUUAGCUGCUGCGAAAUGUGACUGAAUGGAAACUCCCUGUUUUGAUUUGUGACGUUUGAGUUCGUAAACACAUGAACUGAGCCACUUUUUUCUGAGUAGGAUUAACGACAUAUAUCGAAAAUGCGGGACCGGACCAAAGAACUAGGCAAUCCUGAAAAAGUCCCGGAUGAAGAUGAAGAAAGCACAGCUCUUAUGAUAAAAUCUGGCUCUGGGACCUCAGGAAAAGAAGAGAAAGAAAAUGAAGUUUUCUUUAGAAAGGUUCAGGAGAUUCGUGAAGGCCUUGAAAAUUUUAAGAAGAAGGUCUCUGAAUUGGAGAACAAACAAAAAACAGUAUUAGGAGUUCCACUUCCAGAAGACAGUAUGAAAAAGGAACUUCAGUCUCUUAGGGAGGAUAUCAAAGGGAUGGCCAACCAGAUCCAGAAGAAGUUAAAAAGCAUUGAACCAAAGAAAGCAGAAAGUGAUGACAAAUAUAUUCCAGUACAUGUGAGAAUGCAGAGAGGCCAGCAUGGUAUUUUAUCCCGAGAAUUUCUUGAAUUGAUGGGUCAUUGUAACAAAAUUCAAGCCCAGUACAGAGACAAAAAUGUGGAGAGGAUACAAAGACAACUCAAAAUCACCGGUAGCAAUGUGACAGAUGAUGAGCUGGAAUCAAUGCUUGAGAGUGGGCAAACAGAUGUUUUCACACAAAACAUUUUGAAUGAUGCCAAAGCAACCAAACAGGCUCUAAAUGAGAUUGAGUCACGGCAUGACGAGAUCAUCAAACUGGAGAGAAGCAUCAAAGAGCUUCAUGACAUGUUUCAGUAUCUUGCGAUGGAGGUUCAAGCACAGGGUGACAUGAUAGACCGGAUUGAGGAGAACAUUAAGGCUUCCCAUAAUUAUGUGGAAAAGGCUGUUGCAGACACAACCGCAGCUGUAGAAACUUCAAAAAAAGUGCGAAGGAAAAAGUUUUGGAUUGCAGGAUGCGUUGCUAUUUUACUUGUUAUUAUAGCCAUUAUUCUGGCUAUCAGUUUCAGCUGAGCAUCCAGGCACCGACAUUUGUCUUCCUGAAGUCUUUUUCCUACCAGCUUGGCCACGCGCACACAUGACCACCGUUCAAAUCCCAACUCUUCUGGUGACUACAGGUGCUUGACCUUUAAAGCGUUCCUCGGUUGUUUUAGCAGAUUUGUCCAGGAAAGUUAAAACGUGUAUUCAUGAAACUGUAUCUGCUGCUUUACCUGGACAUAAAAGGUUACAGGUCACUUUUUUUAGUAACUGAUUAUUGUGAGGACUGAAUUGAUGGAUCUCACUUGCAGAAACUGAAACAUAGUGUGCAGAGAAAUGUCAGGGAAAUCUGUAAUAAAACAAAAUUCUUAAUAUAUAACAAUUAGUUUGUUUGAAAGACAAUGCUCAAAAACACUACGUGAUGGGCUGUUUGUCUGUGUCCUAACAUUUAUAUGAUGUCUUUGUUUUAUUUGUUUUGACUUAUCAGUUUGUGAUGUUAUUUCUAACAUAAAGUUAGUUAACAUUACCAUUUAAGUCAUCUGUGUAUAUAAAAACACUCAUUUUAUACUCAGCUUUAGAAUUUUAGUAUUCGAAAAUACAGCUGUUUCUCACACAAUAACACAUGUGUAUUUUAACUAAUAUGUGCUCUGUCCCGUUUAAGACAUGCAGUUUUUAUGAAAUUAUGUAUAGUCUAUUGCCUUAACCUUGGUGCCUAUUCUUGAGAAGUAAUUUUAUUUGGCAACUUUAUUGUCCACUAUGAUGGGUAAGAUCACUGGAAGUGGAGUGAAUCUCGUUUAGCCUAUGGGCAUCUUUUCAUUUUAUUGUAAAAACUUAAUUUUUAAAUAAAGUACAUUUUAUGCCCGA